UCCGUGGAGCCAAGGAUUCGGUUCCUCCGCAAGGUCCACGGCGAAGGAGCCCCUCCACAGGCUGCAAGAACCUUCUCCCCUCGUUUCCAAUCCUUUGGAAGCACUUCCAUUCAUCCUAGGGCAAGAACAAGAUGGUGCAUGAGAGGAGGACCAAGUUCUUGCAUGAUCCCGUCUCCAACUCCGAUUCCGAUGAAAUUGAAGUCGUUCCUCCACCUAAGCGCAAAAGGAAGCCAACGCCCAAAAUUUCAAUGAGUCGAGCUGGGCAAAUGGGCGGUCCUAGCCAUGCGGCACCCAGGCGUAGCUACCAAAGAGCUGCUCAACCACAAGGUGAUGUGCCUCAAGAGGAGGUUCCUAUCUUUGAUGAGUACCCUCCACUCCAACCCUACCGGAAGUACAUCAUGCACAGACCGGAGUACACAAGGAUCAACUUCGGUGACCCUGGAGUGAAGCGAGUGGAUUACACCACAAAGCAAAGAGGUGCUGCAUUUAAGGAAAGAAAGGAAAAUCCUUAUGAUUAUGAGAAGUACAUCACGGAUAGGAGGUUUUGGAGCAAAUUUCAAGCUGAUUGGUACAUAUCCGUCUUUAUUGAGAAGAAGAAUGCUAUCACCGUCUCCAAGUACAUCAAUUGGGAUGAAAUGAGUGAGAAAAAUAAUCCAACCUUUGACUUGGUCAUACGUGAAUGUGAGAGGAAACACCUCUAUGAAUUCUUGGCCCUCAAUCAAGAUUGGAACAAUGAGUUGGUUGCUCAAUUUUGCUCCACUGCUUGGUUUGAAGGUGAGGGCAAGAAUUCCUUUAUUCACUUCAAUCUUCAAGGGCGCGCCUUCUGGGUUUCAUACAAGCAAUUUGCUACUAUCCUUAAGCUUGAUGACACUCUAGAUGAGAUGGAAAUUCACGAUGACAUCAAUCCAACGGAUGAAGCUCUUAUGACUCUCUAUCGGGAUGAGGAUCCGGAUAUAGCGACGACUCAUGGACUACGUCCAUAUAUGGAGAUCAUGAACAGGCUAUUCCGGGAGACCUUGACUCCCAAGAGGGUGAUCGCACCAAGAUUCAUGCCUCCCAAGGAGCAAGAGUUUCCACCAGAGGGCGAGUCUCCCCCAUCAGCUCACUCUCCACCCCAGCCCACUAUGGAUAUGCCCUCCACCUCGGCGAUGCCUUCCUCUUCUAGGACUCGUCCUCGCAGGAAAGGCAAUGCCUUUAUUUCUGGCUUGAAAGCUCUCUUCAAAGUAUGCCGCAACACCAACGAUGUAGUUCGUGCUCACGCUCAGGCAAAUCAGCAGAGUAUCAACAGGAUUGAGCGCCACCUUGGCAUUGAGGAGACGGAUUGGCCCUCGUUUCCGCCUUCUCCUCCUAGGGACUUUCCAGCUGCGUGGGAGCAUUAUGAUGUAGGUGCUGAUGAUGAUGAUGAUGAUGAUGAGGAUGAUGAGUGA